GUUUAGAUCAAGCAUCUUUAGGAAUCAGCAAAAUAAUGGACAUAUAGUAGAGUAAUUUCCUUGUCAUGGAAGAGGUGAACCAGAUUUCCUUCUUUUAAUUUAGUUUGUAGUGGUUAGUGAGUUUAUAGAGUUUAUUUUAUGUCGAUGUUUCAUAGGUUGGUUAUUGUUCUUUUACGUCUUCGAAUGGUGUUUUCGAAUUCAAGUGUUGGUUCCGUCUCUUUCAUUAUUUUCCUUCUAGUUUCCCAGCUCCGAUUAAGUAGAGGUUAGGUGAUUUUAAUUGUAUUCCGGUAUCAGCAAGACAAGAGAAAAUAGGGAGGAAAAGGUCUCAAACGGAACGGUCCAGGUUCUAAAAAUUCACCUAGCUUUGUUGAAUCAUGCAGUGGGAAAACAAUGGAGCAGUUGAUGUUCAUGACUUUGAUAGUUCAACCAGCAGGGAUCCAUUUUCAUGGAAGUGCUCAGUUGAGUGAGUAGUCUUCUGCAGGUCUGGAACCAGUGUCAGUCGAGCCAUUGGAGAAACAUACCCAAUCUGCAGCAUGAAGUUGAUCAGAACCCUCUUUCACUUGCAAUUCAGUGCCAAGGUUAGCUCCUUAAUGCAUCCUCUUUUUUUGCAAUGUUCAGGCCCAUGGAAUUGUUUCGCUUUCGGUUGCCACUUGUCACGUUGUUUUUAUACAUGCUUAUGUAUUGUAGUUCUAGCAACUGCAGUUCUAGGAACAUGGACUUUGUUUGCUGGGUGCGCUCAUUCCUUUCUCUGCGUAGCUCUAGCAACUGCAGUUCUAGGAACAUGGACUCCAGGACUGGAGGGUGACUUCACUAGAGUUGGAUAGUUUUAUGUUUUUCUCCUUUAGAACUCACCAAAGAAGCACUGGAACUGCAUCUGCUUACCGCGAUGAGGGUACUGUUGCUGAAUUUGAAGGAAUCCAUAUGCAGUGUCAGGUGGUUAGCAAGCCGCCUCUUUUUGCGGAGUACCAAGGUUGAUUAUUUUCCCAAAGAUCAACUACAAGCUGUCAAGUGUGAACUUUGGGUGGACAGGUUGCUGUAUAGGUGUUUUAGCGUUCUGCAAAUGUGACGUUCCUUGGUGAAGUUUGUUGUGCAUAUUUUCCUUCAUUUUACACCUGGUAUUAUCAAAUAGUUUUUGAUCAGACACUAACUACUGAAGCCAUGGCAUGCAAAAUGGCUCAAGUAGAGAAAAGAAGGUUGUGUUUGCAGGAAGGAAGGAAAAUGUGCGGUGCGGGCGAGGAAAGGGAGGUAGUUUCACUUUCACACCCUGGUAUGAUUUUACUGUACGCUAGCCUGUGGUUUGGAUUGGAUGGCUGGGCCUGGAAUGAGAACGGGUCCAGCCCAGACGAAAUGAUCCGUCUGGAUUCUUGCUGCUGGGCUGGGCUGGGGCCGGCCUGCGAGGGACCAUGGUAUUUUUGAGAGACCGACAAGGAAAGAGCAAGUCUCUUCCUGAAAGGACUUGGACAGUUGGAGUACCAUCCAAUCCAUAAAUAAACCUCUUGUUCUGGCGAUUUAUGUAGUACAGAAAAUCAGAAAUCGAACCGCUAACACACAGCAAGCAAUCUUUCUUUCUUUCCUUGUCGCCAUGGACGCGGUACUGAUCUUGCUCCGGCUGUUAGAGGAUUACGAUUACCCUAUAACUAGAAUCGUGGAUGCAAUCGGAAUGGCGGGCGCCGGGCGACGCAUUGCUUGCGAUAUGGGCUUGGCGGAAACUGGAUCGUCACCUCCGCAACAAGUACGGGUUGGGCUUGGUUGAUCUGGUGAGGAAUUCUUUUGACGGAGCUGAAACGAGCUUGAUUCGGCUGUUGCAGGAUUACCCCAUCAUACUUCCCGCGCUACUUGCGAUAUGGGCUUGGCGGGCGCUGGGCGUGGGCUCUUUCUUCUCUAUGCUUGAGUUUUUCUUCCUUUUACGUUGUUGAAUCCAUUAUUUAUUGUCUUUACCGGAUUUGGAUCGUCCUCUUUUUUUUUUAUUUUUUUUUAUUUACUUCCAACUUAAGAGACAAGGUAUAUUGUAGUUGUUGGAGAUUGAAUGUUAUAAUCAGUGUUAUUAAAGUCGAGCCGAGUCGCUCGGCCCGACCAGUAAAAUCGCCACCCGGUUGCAAAAUCGGCUCUGAACAGUAUAAAAGUCACUCCAGUUUUAUGUAGCGGUUGGUGAGCGACCGAGGCGGUUAACCGUUCGAACCGAUCGAGCUGCUCGUCCGGUUUUUGUCAUUCAACCACUAAAUUAAAUUAAAAAAUUGAAAAUCAUUAAAAAUUGAAUUAACCAAAAACGUCGGGCUCUCAAACUGAAUCCUUAUUUCCAUUUCACAAUUUCGAAGGAAAGAGAUGAGCUCUGAUUAAGAAAUGUCCACUAUUUAUACUGAUAAUGUUUAUUAGGUACCGGUUCUCUAACGAUUUUUAAAUGAUCUACUGCCGGUUGGACCACUAAAGUACGAGUCGUUCGCAUUACCGAGUCAUGCUCCGAUUCGGUUCUGACAACAUUGGUUAUAAUAUUAUAUUUAAUUUAUUGCAGUCGUUUCCUUUUGUUAGUGGUUGGUGCUAUACAUGUUAACAUAUCCAAUUCCAUAGGAAGAGCUUCUUAGAUGGUGCCGCACAACGAAAGUUCAUAUGCUUCUUGAUUAAAAACUUAUAUCGUCUAGGACGGUUGAACCACAAAAUAUCAUUCUUGGAGUCAAAUUUGAAAUGAUACAAGCAUCCGUGGUAAAACGUCUUCGUCUACCCUAUCAGCUUCAUUAUACUACAAUCUUAUCGGUCGAUUUUAGAGGUUGGGCCAAUGAACCAGGACAUUCCUGUCGAUUUUAAUUGGCAAUAUUGAAUUAGUGGUGGAGCCAACUCCUAUUAAGCUCUGUCAGGACACACCUAAAAUCUGUGGAAAAAUUAUGAACCCCACAUAAGUGUACAUGUAGGAUUCAAAUACAAGAAGUUUUAUCUACAAUAAAUGACAUUUGAUUGAAGAGCACUUCUAUUAUUAUUUAAAGUAUUGGUGCUUUAAAAUACAAUUUGAAGUUGUACCAUAACGUUAAAGGUACAAAUUUAACUUGUACCAUAAGAGAAUUUGACAUUUAUGUUUGUGGUACAACUUCAAGUUGUAUCAUAACAUAAAGGUGCAACUUUAGUUUGUACCAUAAAGAGAUUUUACAAAAGAGUAUAGGUACAACCUAAAAUUGGUUCUUUGGAACUGGAGGUGAAAGUGUGCUUGGUUGCGACCAGAUUUGUGCUUAUAUAAACAUGUUCGUCUGGUAAUUGUUGAAUGUAUUAAAUAUGCCUUGAAACUCCACAUUUGAAUUGAAAUACACUAUUAUGUAAUAUGUUGAUUAGUUUUUUUUUCCUCAUUUCAAAUCCACUUUCUAAUUAUGUCUGUUUUUAUUCUGCCAUGAAUCAAAGUUAGACAAACUUUGGAAUUUAAAAAAUGGUUAGGCAUCAUAUCGUAACCAAUAACUUACUAUUUUGUGCUACUCAAUGUGUUUGCUUUUAGAUUAAGGAUUGGUUCACAACUUGGAAAUCACAGGUUUGAUGGACAUAAUAGAUUGAUAGAACCGAGUUUUACCCCCUGUUUUUGUGCUCAGCUUUAGUUUAUGCCAUGUAUAUUGAGAUCUUUUAGCGUUGGUAGUCUAGCUAUCUUGGGUUGUUUAGACAUCUGAUGUAGAAAUGGUAAUGGGCAGGUCCGGAGCGGGUUUCUUGAUAUCAAGAUUCGUCCCAUGGCAGGUCGGGUUCAGGUCGGGUAAUGUAUUAUGGGUUGCGGGUCGGGCAGGUCGACCCAAUUGGUAUGCAAUUUAUAUGAAAAACGUUAGAAACAUUCUUCAUUUUUAUUAUAAGAUCAAGAAAAAAAUUAAUAUUACGAUAAAUGUAAUUAAAUUAU